AUGCCACAUCGGUUGCACCUUCUGCUGCUGGCUGCAGUUGCCCUGCCCCGGCUUGCCUCUGCGGACAUCUUUGAGGAGUGCAACGACAGCAACAACAACAAUUUCAUUGCCUCCAACAAGAGCUGCACGCACUUCAUCUACUGCAGCGGCGAGGACUCGUUCGAGGGCGAGUGCCCCGAGGAGAAUGAUUACUUCAACGGCCAGCUGGCCAUGUGUGAGCCCAUGCUGGACGUGGACUGUCGCACGGGCUUGCCGCUGCAGACGAACGAGGUGCUGCAGAUCGCAGUCACCGAAUUGCCAGUCACGGACGUGACAGUCACGCAAACAGUGACUGCAGCCUCGACAGCCAGCCAGGUGAGCACGGAAACAGUGACAGACGCCGCGCUGCAGCCCACAACUGCGAUCAGUGUGAACAGCCAAAAGGUCGUCACCUUGCUGGCCAGCGAAUGCCCAGCUGCCGAUAACACCCAUCAGAUUGUGCUGCUGGCCCACGACAAGUCCUGCACGGAGUACUUCAUUUGCUAUCACGGCAAGCCUUUGCCCAUGACCUGUGCUGCCAUGCUGCACUUCAAUGUGGCGACGGCCAAGUGCGACAAGGCAGAGGUGGUCAAUUGCAUGCGCUCCACGAUCAACGUGCGCGAGCAGUGCAAGCAGCACACGGUGGACAUCUAUCCGCACCCGGACAACUGCAAUUACUUCUACUAUUGCCGCAACGGCUUCCUGAUGCUGCAGCAGUGCCCCUUCUUCUACGGCUGGGACUAUCAGAAGCGCUCCUGCGUGGCGAUGGCCCAGGCCAAAUGCUUUGGACGCCAACGUCUCUUGGUCUAAUUUUUAAGCUAAACUCAUUUAAUUUUAAUAAACA